UCAUUGACUUUUAUUACCCGCCACCAUAUCAAGACCGUCUUCCUUCUUCAUUCGUUCCUCACAGUCUCAUUUCAACAAAUCCGUAAUCUGAUAUCACACACGCGGCGAUACAAGGAGAGAGAGAGAGAGAGACAACGACUAUUUGAUCGCGUAAAGACUAAAAGACAGAGGCUUUUUAUACCAACUUUAGCCGAGCAGCCAGUUUUCAACCUCUGCGAUUUCUGAAUCACUAUCUCUCCCUCUCUUCCUCGCUGUUCCUAAUUUAGGAUUUUUUUUUUUCCCUGAGAAACAGGUCACAGGUCUGUCUUAACGUUGAUGGGUUGCUCCUGGUUCUCAUGCCGUAAGAGUGGGGGAAAACCUUCAGAAGUUGAUGGAGAAAUCGCAGCGAUAGACAACGUAAAGAUUUACAAAUAUAAAGAGAUACGUCAGGCUACAGAUGAUUUCAAUUCUCUGAAUAAAAUUGGAGAAGGAGGGUUUGGUUCUGUGUACAAGGGUAAUCUUAAAGAUGGAAAGAUCGCAGCUAUCAAAGUCCUGUCAGCUGAGUCAAGACAAGGUGUAAGAGAAUUCUUGACUGAGAUCAAUGUGAUAUCAGAAAUACAGCAUGAUAAUUUGGUUAAGUUAUAUGGAUGCUGCGUUGAGGGGAAUCACAGGAUUCUUGUUUACAAUUACCUCGAGAACAAUAGCCUCGAUAAGACGCUUCUAGCUGGGGGCUACACUCGGAGUGGGAUACUGUUUGAUUGGAGUACUCGGGCCAAUAUAUGCGUUGGGAUUGCUAAAGGUCUUGCUUUUCUUCAUGAAGAAGUACGUCCACACAUAAUUCACAGAGAUAUCAAGGCAAGCAACAUUCUACUUGACAAAGAUUUAUCUCCCAAGAUCUCUGAUUUUGGACUCGCGAGGCUUAUGCCACCUAACAUGACUCAUGUCAGCACCCGUGUCGCGGGUACAAUUGGUUAUUUAGCGCCAGAGUAUGCUGUUAGGGGACAGUUGACGCGUAAAGCCGAUAUAUACAGCUUUGGGGUCCUUCUUAUGGAGAUAGUCAGUGGAAGAAGUAACAAAAACACCCGGUUACCCACGGAAUAUCAAUAUCUUCUAGAAAGAGCUUGGGAACUUUUUGAGCGGAAUGAGCUCGUGGAUCUAGUUGACUCAGGUUUGAAUGGAGUCUUUGACGCAGAGGAAGCUUGUCGGUACCUAAAAAUCGGUCUAUUGUGCACACAAGACAGUCCUAAGCUAAGGCCAACUAUGUCUACAGUGGUGAGGUUGUUAACAGGGGAGAAGGAUAUAGACUACAAGAAAAUAUCCAGACCGGGUUUGAUAUCUGAUUUCAUGGACAUGAAAGUGAGAGGACCCGUUGAGACAAAACCAGAGGAAGUGAACAGACACAGCUACACAAACCCUUCUUCUUCGUCGAAUGCCUCGUCUAACUCCGGGACUAGAGAUAACUCAAAUGCUUAUUCAUCAGGGGCUUCCUCAGCUUAUGCUGGUAAUACUUUCAGCAGUACCAUUUAGAAAAGAAAAAAAAAAUCCUUUUUUUUUAAAAUUGUUAUUGUUUGUUGGUUUUUGAGAUGUAAAUGGGGGAAAUCAGUGUUUGAUGUUUUUGUGUGUCUCUUCUUCUUCCUUGGAUUCAAACAGAGGUUUUAUGUUAGAUUUUGAAACAAUAGCAACUGCAGAACAUGAAGUUUCUACCACACUGUUUCCAGUGUUUGUUGUUUAAGUCGUUCUUUGUUGCAAACAAUGAUUUCAGUGUAUAUAUAUACAAGGUUGAAGUU